UGAGGUGCGUGGUCACCAGCAGGAGACAAAGCCAGUGUCAGAGCCACCACCCUUCGGGGGGGCCGGGGUGAUUUCUCCCCUCGCAGCCAAUAAAAGGGCUGUGAGAGGCACAUCUUCCCCUGCAGGAAGCAGGGCGGUCACGUCUCUCGCCGGCGGGCUCCUCUCAUGAAGCAGUGGAGAUGACAGCGAGCCUCGCCUGCAGCUUCGCCACGCUUUGCUGUGUAGCACUCUGGGGCUUCACCGGGACUUCUGAUGGUACCUACAUACCACCACCUCAUUCGACCACGAAACCUGGCUUCCCUGUGCCUAUGGACACAGACAAUCCUGGUGUUCGCAAGGCAGCUCGCUUUGGGGUUUACCAAUACAACAACAGUUCCAACGACCUCUUUCUGUUUAAAGAAUGGCAAAUAAACAAAGCCAUGGUGCAGAUUGUCAGAGGGCUGAAAUACAUGCUCCACGUGGAAAUCGGCCGCACGGUGUGUGAGAAGAAGGAGCACUGCAGCCUGGACAGCUGUCACUUCCAGAAGAAGAAAAAACUCCAACAGAUGCUGAAAUGCUAUUUUGAGGUCUGGAUAGUGCCUUGGUUACAGAAAGCACACGUCCCUGUUGCUCUCUGUCGCUGACCCACCUUUCCCCGUGAGAGUGUGAUUUGCAGGGGAUCUGCCAUCGUGAGUUUUUCCUUGUCUGGACUUCUGAGGCCAAAAGUGAAGUGGGGAACAGCUGUACAGAAUCAACACAGAACUUUGCUCCCAAAGCACAUGGUCGGGUUUUUUCUACCUGUCCCUGAGGAAGAUGCUCAAAAUCUGAGUGACAAAGAAAAGACUUGCUGUGACCAAAUUCAUUGCUAUCCAGUUGUGUAUCUCUUUUUCUGAAACUAAACCCCAGAUGAGAACAUGUUGUCGUUCAUUCACUAGAGAGCAAUUCACCCUCUUUGAACGGGAUUUCCAAGCAGUGUGAGCAGACCCAGGACAGCUCUGUUGGACUUGCGUUGCUGUAUGAUGAGUCUUCAUGCAGCUAUGACAUAAACGAGCCUAAACCACAGCACACACAACUUUGACACUGUGGAAAGCUUUACAAUAGGACAGUAUGCCUGGGGAUACACACACACGAGCGUUAAAGGAUCUCCAGAGCCAGAGAAAAGCUUAGAUAUAUCUAUCAGGAAUGCAUAAGGUAGAGCUGUUCUUUCCUCAAGUCAAGAAUAUGGAUGAGACUGUCCUAAGACACACCCACAGCUCAAAAACGGUACAGCCUAAAUACUGUUUCUAAAGUAAUCAAAAGCUAAUCUGCUAUGAAAGGGCAUUGUUGCAAAUGUUAAGACAAAUAAACACGAUAAUUUCCAAAGCAUA